UCGUUCAAAGUCUGUGCAAGCCCUCGUUGAAGCGCAUUGCUACACGCUGUCCUAUCGACGUAGAUUGUGGUAAGACGUAGCAUAUUGUGUCCUUUGCUAAGAUUUAUUCCUGAAUAGACAUGGUUUUUCAGUCAAAAGCUUCAGGGACGCCAAAAGGUGAUCAGAAGAAAAUGAAAGGCAAGAUAAGCAAAUCAGGAGAUGAUUUAGAUUUAUUUGGUGACAUGGAUUCAGAUAAUGAUGGUAUAGAUGAUGAUGGUGAUAGUGAUGAUCAGAAGCAGAAUAAGAAAACGCCUGUUGUCAAAACACCUAAAGGAAAACAAGUAUUGAGUGCCAAAAAACAAACUGGAAGCGACAAAAAAGUUAGUUUUCAAAUACCAGGCAAAAAUACACCAGCAAAGACACCAAAAAAAGAAAAUUCAAUUGCUAAAAAGCCUACUCCUGCUAAAGUUAAUACUGCUAUGAAAGAGUUUAAAGGAAUGAAAGGAAAUGCAAAUCAAUUGAAGAAAACAAUUAAAAAAGAGGAUGAUGAUGAUGAAGACGAGGACGAAGAAGAUGAUGAUGACGAUGAUUUUGAUUUGGAUUUGGAUGAUGACAACAUGGAUGAUGAUGAUGACAACGACGAUGACGACGAGGACGAUGAUGAUGAUGAUGAUGACGACGACGACGAUGAAGAAGAUGAUGAGGAAGAAGAAGAAAGUGAGCAGAAUAAAGAAAAAAGUGUUAAGGGCAAACCUAAUCAAUUACAACAAAGUAAAGAAGGUGCAAAGAACAAACAACAAAAUAAAAAACAAGGUGUGCAGAAUAAUGAAGAAACUGUGAAAAAUAAAUUGAAUCAGUUAAAACAAGGUUUACAAAAAAGUGCUGAAGCAAGCGAAAGAGAAAACACCUUCUAAAAGUGCUGAAACACUCAAAGAAAAGAAACUAGAGAAAACUCCAAAAGCAGAAAAGACUCCAAAAACUGAAAUAAGGAGCUUUUCACAGAAGGCUCUUGAUGAAGCAAGAAAAA